AUGCAACGAUUUUUCAAGUUGGAAACUUAUGUCGGAAAAUUGCUUAUGAGUUAUCUCAAUAAAUAUGUAAAACUGCGUGAAGAUCAAUUCGCAAUGUCUAUAUGGGAUGGUGAUCUUAUACUAACCCAGUUAGAUUUACGAUUAGAUUUUCUGGAGGAUAUUAUUCCUUUUCCAGUCAAUUUUCGUUCUGGUCGUGUACAUGAAUUACGAAUUCAUGUACCAUGGACUAAGCUGAAUUCUGAAUGUAUUGUUAUCUCAUUGCAUACUGUAGAAUGUAUUUUUGGUUUGAAAAAACGUGACGUCAAAAGAAACAAUCAAAAUAAUCAACUUCCAAGUAAUUUUGCCGAUCUUUGUACAUAUAAAAGUCAAUCUAUGCCAACAAAUGUUCCACCUGGUUAUUUAGAGGUUUAUAUCCAUAGACUUCUUUCUAGUAUACAUUUUGUUGUUCACAAUUUAAACUUAAAAUUCAUCGAAGAAGACAUAGUAUUGUCGGUUAGUGUGAACAAGGCUGAUUCCUUUGUAACUGAUUCUAACGGCAAUCCUAUUUUUGCUGAUAUAAAUCCUCGUUCUACCUAUGCAAUUCAUCGUCAUGUGCAGUUUUUUGACCUCACUGUAUGCCUUGAUCGUGCUGGACCCAAUGGUUACGUUGAAGUUUAUGAAGAUCCUAUAGCCUACCGAUUCAGUAUGUCAUGUUUCCUCCAAGUUGUUUGUAUACCAAAUGCUAAAUCAUCAUUAAUUAACCAAACAGUGCUGACUAAUUUGAAAAUACAUUGUCAAACGUUUGUUGCGCAUAUUAGUCCAGCUCAGAUUCCUUUACUAUGCAGACUUAUACAAGUUCUUCUGAGUGUAAGCACGGAGACAUUUGACUGGUCUAUCUUAGACUCUAGUUCAAGUGACAAUACAAAGAUUGAAACAGGUAGUUCAGAUAAUUCCUCUACACAAAUUGGUGAAUUAAACAAUGAAACUGACAAAUCAGAUACAGAGACACAAUCUUGGGCAUCAUGGGUUUGGUCGUUUGUUCCCACCAUUCUCCCAAUGAAUGAAGAUUCGGAUGAAUCAGAUAGUGAGUCUAUAGAUAACUACACAAAAGAACCUCAGCUAGAUACUGAGUGUUUAAAACAACUCAUACAGUGUAUCUUAGAGGAUACAUAUGAACAAGAAGUUGCCACACAGUUAUCAGUUCAUGAUCCCAGUUAUGAUGAGGCAUCGAGUCCUUCAAAUGUUCAUUAUACACCUCAUUUAAGUGAUACACGUUCUUCUGAGGAGCUUGGUGAUAGCACAUCGCAACCGAAGAUUCACAGGCCUAGUAGAGAGGAGUAUUCGCAAACAAGACGUCGAAAAAUUAGACGUCUUCGCCGUUCUGCCUCAAUGGUUCCUGUCUUCAUUAUUGGAAUUUAUUUCGAUAAAAUUGAUUUAAAUAUUUCUCUGCCAAGUCCUAGAGGUUUCUCCUGUCCAUCUUCAAAUUCAGGUAUUCGAUCACGCCGUAGCAAACGUCAAUUUCAUCAUUCUAUGCCAGCAAUAAAGUUUGAGUUAACUGACAUUGCCUUCCAAAUAACAUUACGUGAUGUAUACUUUCGUCUUGUUCAACUUGGAAUUCGUGGAUUUCAUUGUUAUCCUGUAGGAUGUGUUUGUUGCUGUGGACAGUCGGAGUAUGCAAACAAUUCACAGUGUGAUACUGUUCAUAUUUCAGCAGUUGAUAGUCUCAGUUCUGGUAGUGCGAAUGUAUCAAAAUGUUCUGUAUCGAAGGCCUGUACCUAUGAUGAUAAUCCUGAUAGAAUCCAACCGAAUUUCAUAUCACUUGGAUGUUAUCCGAUAAAUUCCAAUGCGUCGUCUUCAUCGCUGUCAUCAUCGGAAUCUUUUCUUCAUCCACGGGAAAUAUUUUAUUCAGCUGUUUCAUCACAACAACAUUCUUAUAGUGGUGGAAGUGAUAAUACUUUACAUACCAACGAUAAAUUAUCUGAAUUUCAAUAUUCACCUAUUUUAACGCUAAGUGAUUAUAGCAAACAUUUAAUAGAUAAAGAUGUACGCAGGCAUUAUCCAGCCAUUUGGUUUGAUUCAUUAUGCUCGCUUAGCUUGGAUGAUUCAAAUGUUACACCUUCAGAUAUUCCAUCUGUUCGUCAACAUCAAGUGAACGGUGUACGAGAGUAUAUUUAUAACCGUUGUCUACUUGGUUCGUAUUCAGUAGAAGUAUCACCGAGUUUAAUUCAUCGUUUGGGAGGUUUAGUAAAUGCCUAUAAAAUUUCUCAUCCAUAUCCUCCAUGUUCAAUUACAAUAGAAGAUAUCAAUUCUGCAUCCACACCGAAUGAAAUGUCUUUGUCACGUUAUUCACAGCAUAUUCCAAUGUGUAAUAUACAAUUGGAUAUAAGCGCUGGAACAAUAUCUGUAAAUACUUCUCAUAAUUUUAACAGAAAUAACUUAUCUCCUCAGCUACAAAUUCACUUAGAGAAUAUAUCCUUAUUCAGUCGGGCACCUGUAUACCCCUAUGAUAUUGUUCAGCUUAUUACGCGUUUAAACAUCCCACCGUAUUUAUUUAAACGUAGUUAUGAAUUUAUCCAAUUGGAGUUAUGUAAUCCAACUAAACGCGUCGAUGAUUGGUUACAAGAUAUACACUCAGAUGUAUUGAAUAUGUCAAGUAAUAAUAAAGAAUGGAAUAAACAGUUAAUAGCUUAUUGUUAUAACCGAACAAUUGUCCAAUUCACUGGAAUAUCUGUUGAUCUAGUCAGGAAUGCUCAUGUGAGCCACCAGUCUUCCACAAAUGCACAAGUCACCUCCACUACUACUGCCACAACUGCCAAUAAAUCUAACGAUAAUGUGACUAUUUUUAAAUUGUCUAGUCUUGAGUGUAUGUUUUGGUCAUUGAAUUGUCCCCAGCUAUGGAGUUCACCUUCUCUUAGUCAUUUGGAGUAUCGAUUGACACUGGCUAACACAAUGGAAAUGUACCUUUCUUUACAAUGCAUUAAUUACUUAUCAUAUAUUUUGGGUGAAUUGUUCCAUCAACUGUUUCAUUUAAAAGCUUAUUGUUAUUCUGAGGAUAUACAGCUUUCUUUACCUCCAGUUUAUGAAUAUCAGUCAGAAAAUGAUUCUCAUUCAGCUGCUAAAACCUCAUGGAUAUGGUGUACAAAAAUUCAUGGAAUUUCUAGAUUUCGUUUAUGUCUUACAAAGUGUGUGUCUAUUUUACAAAUUAGUCUGGAAACAAAUUUAUUAAUGUAUUUGAAUUGUUUAAAUGAAAAGAGGAGAAUAUGUCCAAUUGUGGAAAGAAGCGGUGACAAGUCAACUGAGCAUAAAACUUCAAUGAAACCAUUGUUUUGUUUAGCUGUUCAAAUCCCAUAUUUACAUGAUUUAUCGUCUACUGCGCCCAUCAUUUGUCAUGCAUAUUUAAACAAAAUUGAUUGUUUAAUUACACGAGAAUUAUUUGAAUGGUUUUCGUAUUUAGCUCCACCAAAUACGAAUUAUGAAAUACAAUCGUAUCAUCAUGAGUGUAAUGAAUGUGUGAAUAAUUCAAUUGAUGAAUCAUUCAUCGGGAUGAAAACAUCAGAUUUUACAAAAAAAAAGCAUCAGUUAAAUACUCGUUCACAAAGUGGUUCUGAUAUCAGCUCUAAAGAGUUAAUCAAAGCCAAUAUUAUUGCUUCUUCGUUUUCUGCAUACUCUGUCAUUUCACCAGCCUACUCAUUCGCUAUCGGGAAUAUGGCUCAAUGGAAAGAAGUUUGGAAACGUUUAGUUUAUUGUGAAAAGAUAUUACAGAAUGCUAAAAUUCAGAUUCUUACCAAACACCUAAAGAUAUAUACAUUAGUGUGUCAAUGUCCAACAACAUUUUCCUCCUUUGCUGAUAGUAUAAAUCAUCAAUAUCUUGAAGAAUUAUUAAAACAAUUUGAAGAUAUUUCUAUGCUGUUCAAUUUCCCUCAAUUGUAUGCAUCAAAUUAUAAUUGUAAUACAGAAGAUCUAACUAACAAGGAACAAGAUGGUGAUGAUAUUGUUCUGAGUAAUUGUUUAUGGUCAUGUGGACUGUUUGAAUUGCCUAUGUUGAUAAUGCUGAAACAGGAGAGCAAUACUACACCACAAUCGACCGCUAUUCACUGGAGUAUAUCAGCUAGUCAGGCAUAUUUACUUAUGGAAAAUAGUUUAAUAUUUGCUGGUCAAAUGUCAAUCAGCUUAGAUGCGAAUCAUAAGAAAGUAAAUGAUCUGAGUCUAGUGAAUAAUAAUGACACGUUGUCUACUUCUAAUCAAAUGACGCCCGGUGAUAAGACUAAUUCAAUGGCUAUAAAUGUACGAGUUAAUAUUGAAUUGGAUACUGGUCAUCAAUCGAGUUAUUUAUCUAGUGAAAAUUAUAGAGGUGUGGAUUUUAAAGUUUUAAAUCAUAUGGUCAAUGUGGUCAGAUUUUGUUAUGACAAUUUAUCCAGUGUUGUUAUUCCCAAGCUUUUGGAUUUUUCAACGACAGUGUAUAAAAACACUACUUCUACUAGACUCUUAUCAAGAACAUCUUACAGUAGGAAUUCAAAUCCAAGUUGUAAUAGCAAAUUAUUGCCCAUAACUGCUGCUCAUUCACCUCCGUAUACUUCUUCAUUGAAUAGUAUCUCUAUUCUAGAAGAAUCAUCUACUGAUAUACCAACUAUUGUGUAUAAAUCUCUACUAACUCAUCCACACGGAAAAAUGAAAGCUACUCGAACCACAAUGAAUUAUCCAUCACCUCAAAUGAGUAGUUGUUGUUAUUCAACUAAGCUGAAAUAUUCAGAAAAUGAAGAAUUGUCAACAUCAAUUCCACCGUUUAGUAUUACUCUACACGUUCAGUGUAGUUUGUCUAGUGUUAAUGGUGAAAUCAACUUGUCACAUUCCACUCCGAUAAAUAAUGAUCAACCUGUUUUGCUGCAUUGGUCUAUUGACAAUGUCCAGUUGAUACUUGAAAUAAAAAAAGAAUGUUGUUCAAUUGAUUUUCAAGUCGGUGCAUUCUCAGCUUUUAUACAAAAAUCAACAGAAAUGAAGAUCCCGCUAUUUACUUUAUUGGAAAAAGACAUUCAACCGCUUCAACUUCUUCAACCUCACAUCAAUUUAACGUAUAACUCUAACAAUGAAGACGACCGUGGUAUUCAUCCUAAAGUCCAGUCGAAUGACUAUGCUAAAUCUUCAUGGUUCGAAGAAAACUAUAUACCCUUGAUCCCUUUAAAUGCUCGUAAACGUCACUGGUUGAAUUCAACUCGCCAGCGACAUGAAGACAAAUCAAAUAUUGGACAAUACUUUCUGCGUAUAGUAAUGACACGCACCUGUUCAAAGUUUAAUAGUACAUCGGAUUACUAUUCUGCAUCUCAAUCAGAUUUAUCUGUAAUGCUUGAUAACAACACCUCGUGUAGAGUAUACAGUGUGCACCCGGAGAAUCAUGUUAAUAUUAAUGUUCAACCGCUGGAUAUUGUAAUUAUUCCAGAAGUGCUUCAUGAAAUCACAGAAUUCAUUAGCAACUGUUUCGACUAUAAAGGAUCACUUGUUGUUGUUGAUGUUGUCGGAGAUUCUGCUUCACCUGAAUCCUAUUCAGUUAAGAAAGAUGAUAUAUGCAUGGGGUCGAUUCUCAGUGUUAAUUCAUUACCAGUUAUUAAUGCUACUAUUGAUUCAUUUCGAAUGUUCUAUGUAUUAUCUGGACUAUCUGAAAACAAACAAAGCGUAAAAUAUCCAAAUGCUUUAAUGUUAUCGUGUGAUUUUAUUCAAGUUAAACCGUUAGUAGAAAAUUUCAUUGAAAGACCAGUAUGGUGUACCAGUGAUGAUACUAUCCCGUUGGGGAAACAACAACCGUUCGCCUCUAAGCCUAUUGUAAUUCCUUAUGAUAAACAAAUCAGUUUACUGGCUAAUUCUAUAAAUAUUCUAGCAGUACCUUUCAAGUUUAUGUGUAAUGUAAAGCCUGAAAGUGAUUAUAAUUCAUCUGUGUCAAAUCCUAUUGCUCAGAAUCCAGCCAAAGAUUGGAAUCGUGUAGCUUCUUAUAGUGAUAUAGAUGAUCCACUCUAUGGUUGGUCAAUUGUACAUUCAUUUGAUAUUUCUGUUAUCUUUGCACCUGCCUAUGGGAAAUAUGAAAAUUCUGAAUCAUACAUCUACGGUGGAUAUUCUAUGGAGUUUUCAGUAAUGAAUGAUUUAUUAAUAUUGGCUGACUGUGAUCUUAUCUCGUAUCUUGUACAACUGAUUCCUCCGGUCACUUCCAAUUGUCAUGCACAAAAAUCAUCAUCUUCACCACCGCCAGUAGCAGCACAAACACCGCAACAAUCUUUAUUACCAAGUCUUUUUGAAAAAUUACUUUUCUCUAAUGACCAUGACGAUUGUUUACUGUCAACUCCUAGUCGUUUGUUUAUCACUACUCGUCAAAUUAACUUUCUUGCAUGGAAAUCAACCAGUCAAGGGGAUAUCAGUGGAAAAGAUGCUUUAUUAGCUGUAUUUACUAGCCAAAUUAGUCAACCACAUAUCAUUUUAAAUUUUGCUGGUACCGGGAAUCGCAAUGCUUCCGAUCAUUUUGAAUUUUCAAUGAAUAGUUUACAAGUAGACUGUCGACUGGGUCAAUUGAAAUCCCCGUGUUCUCAAUGUAAACCGAUUGUAAUCAAUAAAUUUAGUGAAGAAAAAUACCAGAAAGAACCAUGUAUUAUAUUUAUUCCAUGUGAAAUUGAUACAAAAGUGUUAACAUCAUCAAUGGAUAGAGUGAUGAACCCUAUGCAGUUGUGCAGUUCACUGAUAUUUUGGCAUUCUGAUAAGCGUAUAGUUAAUUCAAGAACUGGUAUUAUCCAACCGUGUCUAUCUAUCACAUUUCAUCGACCUUCUCGAUCUGACUAUUUAUCUACAGUUGUUAAUCCUAUGUCAAACAAGCGCAAUCGCUUCAAUGUCUGUUUCAAAGUUGGACAGGAUCAAACGUUAUGCAUCCGACCAGAUACACUUUCAGCUGUUUUAUAUUUCUGUAAAUUCUUCCAUGAAUUAUUUGAAGUUAGCAGUAGUUGUCUGCCAAACGAUGAAAUCAACAGGUGUCGUAAUAAUGCAGAUUUACUGACUUCAUCAGUUGGAUCAUCGUCAUCGUCAUCAUCCACUGCAAGAUUUAUUCAUCUUCUACACGCUUAUCUUGAGAAGAUUAACAUAGAAACUAAUAGUAUUCGAAUUAAAUUACAGUUUGAGGAGACAAACAACAAAGUUAUUGAUUCCCGUGUAUUAGAAUUCAAACUCAAACAUCUUUCAACUGUGAUACACUUAUUAAACUCAACCAUCUGUGAUACAUUAACAACUUCAACUGAAUAUUUUUCAAGUUUAUCUGGUUUAUCAUUAAUUUGUCGUUCAGUUGAAAGUAAUUCACUAAUAUUCAGUAAAAUAAAUAAUCGCGGUAAACCAGUGUAUUUAAUAUGGCCUAAUACAUGUCUAACUGUUGGUGGAUUAAUCAAUACAAAAUACUGUGUGCAUAAUCUUAAUCAUGAGUACUUUACCUACUCAUUUGAUAAGGUCACUAGUCAAAUUCAAUUCAAUUCUAGUCUAUUAAUUCACUUACCUAUGCAUGGUUACAUAAAUGAUUACAUUAAGCUAAUUCUUAUAAAAGUUACUCAUAUUAUAAAAUCAAUUCAGAUUUGUAACAAGCUUUGUUUUAAAUCGUCUGUUCAAUGUUUCAAUAAAAAUGAUGAUAGUAGGUGUAUACAUUGUUCAACUGAUGAUGAUGAUUGUGUUAUAAUACACAAUGAUGAUUUGCGUAGAAACUUUACUCUGUCGAUGUCAUCAUCGACAUCCUCCAGUCAACUUAUGUCAACAAAACCUGAUGAUAUUGAUCGUGAUCGUCAUCAAUCUCAUCCAUGUUAUCCUUGGGUAUUGAAUCAAAAAUUAUGGGAACAAUCACCUUUACAAGGUCAUCGUUGGCCAUUACAAAAUGAAAUUGUCUACUGUAAUAAUCUUUCAAAUGAAUUCAGUAUCGACGAAGAGGAAAAGGAAGAAGAACGAUUACGUAAUCCACAAUGGUUAGGUAUAACAUGGAUGCAUCCUGAGGCGUGUAGACCGAAUUAUUUAAGAAUACUGCCUAUACCAUUUGAAUUAGUCUCGUCAAAAUUGAAUAAUAUUAGUGAUAAGUAUUCACCGAAUGGAUUUGAGCUUCAGUGUUACCUACAAUACUGGGAUCCAUUUCAUCAGUACAAUGGAAGUUUCAUAACAUACUGUUCCUUCAUUCUGAGUGAUAGUCAGAUCAAUGAAUAUGAUUUAUCAAAAGUGAAUUUAUUCAACCAAUACGGAGUUGUUCCCUCGACAAUUCAGACAUACCAACAAGUUAGUAAUUGUCAAAAUAAUGCAAACGUUUUUGAUUCUACAACAGGCAACAUAUCAAAUUCUUACGUUGAAAAAGAAAAGAGGAAAGAUAGUGGUGAUUAUUCCUCGGAUUUACUGUCCUCUAAUUUACACUUCUCAGAAAAUAAUACUAAUAACGCUUCAAUGCAUCCAUAUAAUACAUCUAAUCAACCAGUGUCGGCGAUUUGGCGAAUUCUUGUUGAUUUACGAAUACGUCCUGGCUCUGGCAUUAUUAAUCCUUCAAUCAAUGAAAACUUUCCCAUUGCAUUAGCUGAUUUGACACCAAUGAUUUUAAUUGGUGCUAUUCACAUGAAUACGGUGCACUAUCCAAAUAAUUGUCAUCAUCCACUUGAGAAUUCUUUGAUUGUUAGAUGUCAAAUUCCAAAUAUCACAGUCUCAUUAGUUGAACAUACGCAGUCAGAACAUGAUAACAUUGGUGGUUUUGAAUUAAGUCGAUUCUGUGUUGAUAAGGUAGACUUCCUGUAUCUGUCAAAUAUGUCGUCCUCGAUGUCUGUCAACUAUCCUUCGAAUGCUGACAUUCAUUUUCGGGCUGGCAAGCAUACCCUGCUAACAGCUGAUGUCAAUUGGGCAAGACUUCAACAAUCUAUUGUCGGUGAGAGUUUCUCAUGUCAUGCUUUGUGUAAUCAAAACAUGAAUAUUCUCUACAGAUCACUGAGUGUUUUUAUUAGUUCAGAUCGUUUAAUCAGUAUGGGUCUAUUGAAGCAAAGAUUACAAAACUAUACGAGAGAAUAUUUAAGUAUUCUUGAGAUUAUGAGUAGAUCACGAAAUGAGAUGAACAUAUCAGAAUGUGAUAGUGAUAAUUACAGUAAUUCUAUAUCAUCAAAUGAUCACUCACCACUUGGUUGGACUAUAGUUAAUAAUACAAAUAAGUCUAUCAUUCUGGAUCAACUGCCCUUAAUCAAAUAUUCCUCUGAGGAGGGUGGUACACCAACAAUAUCCAAUUCUGAAGAUCUCAAUCCAGUGAAUAGUUUAUUUGAUAUAUCAAUUAAGCCUAGAGAAUGUGUUAACUGGAGGCCAAUUGUAUUCCCUGGACCAGUUUCACCUGUGGGGCAUGCAUUUCGUAUAAAAUUACGUAUUGGAAUUAAUUCCACUGAGACUACGAAGAGGAAAAAUAAGAAUAAGACACUAAUAUGGUCUCAUCCUAUAGACCUGCCUUGGCCAUUGUUGAUACGACAACAGAAUAGUGAUAUUCUCUGCGCUUUAUCUUUAAAAUGGGAGGAGACUACAAAAUCCAACAGUAAAGAUGAUAUUGAAGAUGAGAAGGAUGAUGCUGGGAUCUAUUAUCCAGAAAUCUAUUUAAUUGUCUGUUCUCCAGAACCGAUUGGCUCACCUGGAAAGAUAAUACUACACUCGAAUGUGAUUCUGCGAAAUCUGUUGCCAGUUCAGUUAACUUGUACACUGAAUACUUCAACUAGUAAUAAUAAUAAUAAUAUUCCUGUUGAAAAAUCUAAAAAAUCAAAUCAAAAUGAAAUUAUUCAUAGGAAUACAGUGUUGUCCCCAACACAAUUCAUUAAUAUUUCAACUUCUCCAGCUACUACUGAAUUCAUUUCAACAUAUACAAACAGUAAUUCUGGUCAUAAAACUGUCAGUUGUGACUUACACAUGGCUUUCAAGGUGAACAGUAAUGUCACCUCUAAAGAUGAAGUAAAACAAAACGAUUUUUGGUCAGAACAGUUAAUAUUUAAAAUGCCAACAGCUGGCCAAUUGAAUUCACAAACAGAAACAAGUCAUAGAACAUAUAUUCAACUUUUCUACCAAGAUGAAAUCAACUGCCUGACAAAUCUAUUUUCAUUUUAUGCAAUUCUUACUGUUGAAUAUUAUGCUAUCAGUUUUAUCACUCCACCAAUUUGUAUAGUUACGAUAUCUCCAUUAUUAGAGAUUAUGAAUUGUAUGCCGAUCCCUUUGAAAUUAGAAAGUAAAGCAAUUAGUCCUCAACAGACAAUAAAUUCAAAUUCAUUAACAUAUGAAAUGAUUCCACCGGCUGCAUUUUAUAAUCAUCAAAACUCGGACGAUUCAACAUCUUUACAUCAUGACUGUUAUACAUCCAACCGGUUUAGUCGAUAUCCGUACACAUUGGCCAAACCUAUUCGACUUGUAUAUCAUUAUGACUUACUUUUGACAGGCACAUUACCUGAUGGUGAACCUAUCUUCUCACAUCCAAUUCGAUUAUCUGGUCAAGAAAUUCUAAAGAAAUUGGCUACUACAUAUUUAAAUUGUACUGUUAACUCUAAUUCAACUGCAUCGUCAAAUGAAAAUCUCAUCUCGAAGUCUAUACAGCAAAACACUUCAUUACCAGUUAUAUCUACGCUGGGUUUAAUACCGAAAUUACAUUUUAUGCAUAAUGACUACUUAAAUAACUUGCACAGUAGUAGUUACAGUGAUAGUAGUAGUGGUAGCAGUUAUACAAUGAAGUUAAAUGAAUCAAGCAAUUUACAGUAUAGUCUACGACUUGUAUUAAACUCACAAUUAUUGCUAAUCAAUCGUACAGGUAUUGAUUUACACUUGAAAUUACCGUCUAUGAAAAGUGAUAUGCCGUCAUCUUCGACUUCUUCCUCUUCUUCUGCUGCUGCUGCUGUGGCUACUACUACAAUGAAACGAGUUAUUUCAUUAAACGCUAGCGAAUCAGUUGCCUUAGCUCAGAAUCAACAUUAUUUCCAAUUGGGUAUUACAUAUAACAAUAAAGAAUAUUGGUCUGAGAUAAUAUCAAUUCAAUUACCACCAGUAAAUCAAUCCUGUGUAUUAAACAAUAAAGUUGACUACAGUUUAAGUUCAUUUGUAUGGAAUAAUAAACUGAAAACACUAUCAUUACCAAAUAUGCCUACAACAUAUAUUAAUUUAUUAAUAGACAAUAGAAUCUUAUGCUUACUUAUUUCUAUACAAUAUAAUAAUUAUAAUAUGAAUGAAGAAAAUAAAUUAAAUGAAAUAAAUACGCAUACUACUACUAACAAUAAUUUCAUUGUAACUAUUGAACCAAGAUUUCAUAUUAAUCCUAGUAUAUACAAUGACGCGUGGGGGUAUAAUUUGAAUACUCUGUGUAUAAGACCAAUUGUUAUUCCAUUAGGAGAAGAAUUACAGCAACAACAAGAAAAUACUACAAAAGUUAAUAGGAGUCUAUCAAGUACUCCUAUAUCCGCAUCACAAUUGAAUGAGUUCGCCAGUGAAGUAGUCUGUAACAACUCCUGUAAACCUCUUCUAUGGUGGACACUUUCGCGUGAUAUUGACAGGUCAUUGUCAAACAUUGAACUGCUAUACUGUAUGCAGAUAUCAAUAAAGUCAACUGUUGUCCAAUCAAAAUGGUCACAAGUAUUCCCAUUGCAUAGAAUUCCAAAAUUCCCUUACAAUACAACUAAUCUAUCUGAACAGUCUUCAAUACCUAUAUAUCUUUGUCAGGUAACUAUUCCUGUCAGCUUAGAAGAUUAUUCAUUUAACAAUUCCACUUUCUGUCCAACUUUACUCAUCAGUACAAUGGAAUGUGUAUCAACAAGUCAAAUAGUUAUACAUAUUAAUAAAACUUCAAUUCUACAAACGCUAAAUCCCUUUUCAAUACACCUUUUCAAUAAUACUCAUUCAUCUGUAUACUCUGUCGACUUGUUAGAUGAGUUAACCUUCUCAAAAGUAUCUUCAUCGCCUGGCAGGCCUAAAAAGUCAGAUACAAGACUUUUCAGUGAUUCAAUGACUAGAAUACUGAAAGCAUCAUUUGUCGACACUGACUUACGGUAUAAAUGCCAACCGAACCGUCAAAUAUCAAUUAUGCCACAGUCUCUGUUAGAUUUACUAUAUAUUGAUACUGUGAAUCGAAAUAAUAAUAAUAAUAGUAGUAACAAUACUGCAGAAAAUCUAAGCUUGAAUUUUUUUGAUCCAUCUCAUUUCAACUCACUGGAAUUAAAACUGUACUUGGAGGAAGAAAGCAAUGCAAGCGACACUGGUCGUUGUUGUUGUUCUUUGAAAGAUCCAAUUAGUAUAAAUCUCAAAGAUUUGUACUCUUCUUCUUCUUCUGUUGAUAGUGCAUUAAAACUGCCGAAUGGAUUAUGGCAGACACGGAAACACAUUAAUGAUCAAUUAUCAAUUCAUUUGUAUUAUUCAUUGAAUAACAGCUCCUUUGGUUUAAUUGUUCACUUAUUUGAUAAUUGUAUGAAUAAAAACGCGCCUAUUACCAAUCCUACAUUCACGUCAUCAUCAUCAAUACUGCCGACUUCUCUACUGAAUUCGUGUAAAUAUUUCAACAAAAUCAAUUUGAUAAUUAAUAAAGUUUGUCUACAUUUACUCACCAUUGAGAAUAGAAUAAUAAAUCAAAAGAAUGUUAACAAGAAAAAGAAGAAUUCAACAUCUACAUCGCCUAUGUCAUCUUUAUCAUCGUCUACGCUAACAACGUCAUCAGCAUUUACGGGUAUAAAACAUGGAUUCUAUGAAAUCCUACCACCACACGAUGAAUUCCUACGUUUUACACUAGUGAAUUUAUGCGCUACAGUAUUGAUGAAAGAUUCAUGCUUAACAAAUAAUAAUAAUAUUCUUCCGGCUGAUGAUAAACAACAACAACAACAGCCACUUAUCCUUGUAAAUAAACAAUACAAUUUUGAAAUUAGCUUACAACAUUUACAGUUAGAUAAUUGGUGUCAUGCAUGGACUAAUCUGUAUGAUUUCCCGGUAAUUCUACAAACAGUUAAAUUGAAAAGACCAAAAAUUAUUUGUCAGUUCAAUGUAACAUUGAAUAAACAACAAUGUUUGAAUUCAUUCAUAUCAACUUCUCCACCUGUUAUUACGUUAUUUUUUUAUCCGCCUAAUUUAGAUGUUUAUUUAGAAGAUUCUUUAAUUUAUGAUUUUCUUGAAUUAUUUAAUAAUUUUCUAUACAUUUUUGAUAGAUAUUAUGAUUUAUCGUGUCCAUUGAACACUGAUCAAACAUCUUCACUGGGCGGUGUUUCAAAUGCCAUUUUACCGCCAAAAAUAAUCAAUGAAAGUAGUGUUUUAGUUAAACAAUUAGUCAUUGAUGCAUUUAGAAUCAAAUUAAGUUUACGUGCAAUGUUUCGAUUAUAUUUAUCGUGUCAUUCAGCUCCAUUGAAUUUCACGGCAUUUAAACUUGUCAAUGUAACAGAUGUUGAUCAGUCUUGCAAUUCAACUAGUGUUCAUGGUUCAUUGGUAUAUUGGAGUUCGUUAAAAUAUUUGCUAACAGUGCAUUAUAUUACUCAAAUGCUAUUUCGUUCUGGUUGGUUAGUUGGUAGUUUAGAUUUAUUAGGUAAUGUAACUGGUCUACUCUAUUCUCUGGUUAAUGGUCUUAAUGAUUUGAUACAUUUACGUUCGACUGAGAUGAAAUCUGAUGAAGACGAGAGCAAAAUAGCCAUGAUUACGUUAUCUAAUCCAAGUGCCUUUGUAUCUCAAGAAAGUGGUAUAUCUCCGACUCCGACUAUUACAACAAUGACUGGUGUUAAUAUUUCACUGAAGAGUAAUCAAAAUAUUGGAUUUCUGUAUCGUCUCUAUCAAGGAGUUAGUUCACUUACUCGCCGAACAACUGGUGGCUUACUGUUAUCCAUCAGUGGAAUGGCAUCAAGUUUAGCUAGAAAUUUAGAUUAUCUCUCCUUGGAUCCUCAUUAUGAACAGCAUCAAGAUCAUAUACGCAGACAUCGUACGCCGAAAGGAUUUGGUGAAGGUAUUCAAUUGGGGUUGAGCAGUUUUGGUCUAUGCUUGCUUAGCGCUAUAGCUGGAAUAGCUGAUCAACCAUUACAGGCUAUUUUCAAAACGAUCGAUAAUCAACCAAACAAUCCUGAAUCAUCUUCAUCGUUGUCAUCAUCAACAUCGUUAGACAUUUUCAAUUCUCUGGAUGUUGUUGAUCAAUCAAGAAAUUAUAACUUUUUAUUAUCUACACUUGGUGGUUUUGGUCGUGGACUUGUUGGUGUAGUUACAAAACCGGCUGCUGGAGCUGCAGAAUUGAUUGCUCAAACUAGCAAGGGUUUGUUACACGGUACAAGUAAUUCAAUAGAAAUUACUAUUCCAAGUAAAUAUGGAGAUCCUUAUACUUCAUCUGAAGUUGGUUUACGUUUACAAUAUCAAAAUGUAGACUGUAUGAUAAUUUGCCAUUGGAGUUCAUUAGCAUUACAAUGUACACAGUGGAAUAUAACACCAUCAUCAUUAUCAUUAAAUUAUUCUAAAGAAGAUUCAUUGAUUCCCGGUUGGUUUACAACUGCUAUCUAUGAUCAUGAUACUCACGAAAUGGUUACUUGGUUAUCUGGAUCAUUGGAUCAGCAUCUAGUAUGCACAUCUACUAUAAAUGAAAGCGGAGUUGAUUAUUCACCUCACUUUUCUUGGUUUAAAACAUUCCCUGACAAAGUGUUAAAUAAUUUUGUCAAUAAAUUAAUUCCCCUCACCUAUAAACACUUGAAUGUAACUGAAUCUUCUACGAUAGCCAACAAUUCCAUGGUGAAAACAUCUAUGCUCAAUAAUAAUCCUCUGACUAUUAUUACUUCUUCGUCUACAAGUCUUCCGUUUAUUUCAUCGAUUGACUCUUGGAAAUGGAUUGAACAUAUUCUGCAAUUCAAUUCCAGCAACGAUCUACAAUGCCUGACAUCAAUUAUUGAAAAUUUCUGGUUAACAGAAGAAAAAAUGAAAGAAUCCACCGGUCGAAAUCAACAUAUGGAUGCCAACUGUAAUUCAUCAGAAAAUCUCCCUUGUAUAAAUGAUUCUUUUGAUUCUAAUAGGUCAGAUAUUCAUUCUUCUGAUAUACUUGUAUCUUCUGAUGAUCACCAGCGUAGUUCUAGGUGGAAACGAGUCAGAGAAUACUUGAUGGGUAUUAGUCCAUCAGAUUUGAUUCAUAUCUAAUUGGUUCCAGGUGUCCUGUCCUCUCUGAACUACAAAAGAAUAACUUGCCUGUAGGAAUUUAUUUUUUUUGUUUUGUGAUAUAUUUUUGUUUGUUUACACCGCCUUUGUGAGAAUGCCUACUUCUUUCCGCUUUUUAUCCACUGCUUUGAAAUAGCGGUGUGUUCACACGCUUAAUGUGAUAACUAUUUUUGUUUUUUCGUUACGAACGUGUUUCUAUUUCGCAGCUUUUGAUAAUAGUCAAUAUUUUUUUCAGUGUGAUAUAUUUUUGCGGUUUGUACUGUCUUUUAAAAAAAAUAUUUUUAAUGAAUAUAAU